AUGCUAGACUACGAAGACGACGCGUCUAGACGCGAAAAGUGCUACACCACAGUGUCCCAGCUGCCAGCCUUCAUCGACCCCAAGCAGCCUCCAACCAAGAAAGCACCUUUUUCAGCUAUCCUGAACCACUCCUUUGUGCAUACGGUAGAUGUCAUUUUCCCGAAAGAGGUUUAUGCGUCCAUUGAGGGUCCCUUGAAAGAAAAGACCCCGACGCUUCGAUAUGCCAGAGUGUUCAUGCCUCUUUCUUCCCUGCUUGAGGCUGAUUUUUUCAAUACAUAUAUCAAGUCUGGAAAUAUUCUCAUGAUAUCCGAAGGACGACCAGGAACAGACAAUGUGUUCACUCUCCAGGAUGGCAUUUUGAAGCUGGAGCUUGGCAAGGAUUCUUAUGAAAGAACUGGUCUCACUGGGAAGCCCAUCCGCAGUGGUGGAAGGAAACACGAAAAGGAAAGAUAUCUCGUGGAAAUCAACCUGCGUUUGCCUUCAAUGCUGCACGGCAAGAAGGGUUUCGAGAAGAUUGAGUGGGCAUUCAAUAAUGUCCUCAACAAUUCUGUCACUUGGCUAUUCUACGAUCUGGCGUCCAAGUCGAGCGUCUCGACAGAAGGGGAUGGCCCAAUCCAAAAGCAUCAGCCGCAAAUCAUCGAAUGCAACUCUGUGAAUAUUUCUCACAACAAUAUUCUCGCCCCAUCUUUUCAAGACUUGAACAUUACAGAAGAAACAUCUGAAGAAGAUAUGCAAGAUAGCUACGGCACGAUUUCAGAAUGGCUCGCAAUGAUUGCCCUCGAGUCCCCUCGAGUAUCUGCCGACGAUGAUAUCGACCCGUAUUUAAGCCGCUACAGUGUCGAUGGCGCUGAAUCAUCGGACUUCGUCAGCUUGAAAUGGCACGGAUUCGUCCCCUCCAACUGGAUUAUGCAAUUCUUUGUUAAUCUUCUACGAGAGACUACCUCGAAACUCGCUCCUGCAGGUGCUUGGUUUGCUCUGUCGUCGAGUGCAAUGGGGAAAGCCGCUGUUGAAGGGAAGGAUGGGUAUACGAUCAUGGCCCUGCCGUCCAAUUCCCAUGACGAUUCCUCGAGUAAUGCAGGGGAAAAUCGUCGCCGUUUUGUCUGCUGGGAGUUUGUUGGGGCGUCCGUAUUAUAG